GACAGGUGGAGAGGGGUAUAAAGGCUCUUUCUAAGCCAUCGGCAAUCAUAAGUAACAGGACAGGUGAGGCGUAAAGUGGAUAGAGCAUUUUGGGGAAUACAAGCAAACCUAAGAUUUUUUUAGUUUAUGUUGGAAAGCUGCAAUAUAGAUAAAUCUAAAGCAAACAGGCGGACAAAGACUGGAGUCAAAACUUUAAUUUCAAAAGAAAGACAUCCUGACUUAGUUUUUUUUUUUUUUGGCAAAAGAUCAACAUAAGAGUUCUGAAACCCCAAAAAAUCUACUUUGUCAGACAAGGAAGUUGUUAUUAGUGAAGGAGCUCGAAGCAUCGGUGUCGAGAUGUGCUCAGGCGGCUUUGCCAAGUGUCUGGGGAUCACUCUGAUGCCUCUGGCGAUCGUGUGCGUGCUGUGUAACAUCCUGCUCUUCUUCCCCAGCGGACACAUUGAGGAGAAAGACCACAUCACGGAGCAGGUCUGGUACUUUGGAGGCAUUCUGGGAUCUGGAGUUCUGAUGAUCUUCCCAGCUCUGGUCUUCCUGGGUCUGAAGAACAACGACUGCUGCGGUUGCUGUGGCAACGAAAGCUGUGGGCGGAGAUUCGCGAUGCUGAGCUCCAUCCUGUUUGCAGCUGUGGGUGUUGCGGGGGCUGGUUACUCAGUCAUAGUUUCGUCUGUGGCCAUAAACCAAGGACCCAAGUGUUUGGUUUGUAAAAACGGAACGAAUGUGUGGGACACUCCUUUUGGAAAUGGUGACUACCUGAGCAACACAACUCUGUGGACACUUUGUUUAGAGCCGACCGGCCUGGUGUCCUGGCAUCUCUCCCUGUUCUCUGUUCUGCUGAUCACGGGUUUGAUCCAGGUGGCGCUGUGUGCUGUGCAGGUGGUGAAUGGCCUGCUGGGAGCUAUUUGUGGGGACUGCUGUGGCUGCUGUGGAGGGAGUGAUGGAGCCGUAUAAAAACGUCCUGCAGCCGGGAAAGCUUGAUGGCAACUGUGUCCUCUGUCUGUUUCAUUCUGACAGGAUUAUCGUUUGUCUGCUUUAUUCCAAAAGUUAUAAACCAAAAGAGCUCAUUGAUUACAUCGUGUGUACCCUUCAGUAACACCUGUGAAAUGACAGAGCUCUUAUUUAUAGAUUUUCUCCUUUAGAACUCAAUAGCAAUCAUUUAUAUUAAAGUGCCUCUGCUGCCAGGUCUGCCUCUAUUUCACUUAAAACACUCACUGUGUCUUUUAAAGUUUUCUUCUUGCUGCAUGUAUAUUGAAUCUGUUUUUUUUUUCUUCUUAUUAAGCCAAAUCAAAAUUAACAAUUUGUAUUAAAACAAUUAAAAUAACAACAUGAUAGAAGUAGCUGUGAGCAUAACACGUGAUUGAAGUUUGUUAUUGGAGUUUUAUUUUGAUGCAG